GAGCGGUCCCCGGGGAGGAUGGAGAUAUAAAGUAGAGCCUCUUAGCAUCACAAAAAAACCGAAGAAACUACAUCAAUAGAGAAGGACCUCCCCGGCUUUUAAACUCUCAAAGAAGCUCUCUGCAGUUUUGCUUGAAGACCCUGUACUACACGGUGGAGAAAAUCACUCACGCGUGCUCUAGCUCCCGAGAGAAAGAGAGCUGGUCAUGUCAGGCUCUCCUUUGCUAAUGGACGAUGAUCCUAUGAGAGGAGAUCACGAAACGACAGGCUCUGCUCCUCCUUCCCUUCCUCUACCUACACAGAAUGAAAUGUCAUCGAAAGACAUGGAGAUUAUCAAGAGCCUAGACAGUCGAUCCUUUGGUUUUCUUGAUCUACACGUCAUUCCAAAGAACUCUCAUCAUCGUACCUCCUCCAGCUCUCAUCAUUCUAACUCUGGAAACUCAAUCUCUGACUUUGUCUCCAGACAAUUCAUUGCAAAGGGCAUUGCUGUCCUCCAGUCUCAGUUACAGAAUUGCAAUGAAACCACGAAACCUUCUCUCCUCUGUCAAAUCGGUCAUCUUCACUUGCUCCUUGAGCAGUACCCUGAAGCUUUGUCUGCUUAUCAAAAUUACAGUCUUUUGAGUACUGACUGCUCAUUCAACACCUCCUAUCUCUAUGGAAUCGCUCUAGUCUAUUUUGCCUAUGGAAAAUACGACUGGUCUCUCUCUGCUUUUCUUAAAAUCCUCUCGCUUUCUCCUGACUUUGCUCGCUUGAGUGAAGUACACAUACGAAUGGCCAUGAUGUACAAAGAUAAUGGAGAGUUGAAAAAAGCAAUGGAGCACUUUGGUCAAGCUUAUACUAGUGCUGGUCCUUGCAGCAUGUCAAGAUUAGAAGUUCAGUUUCACAUCGGUCACUUGUAUUUCAUGAGAGGAGACUACACUCGCUCUAAGCAUUGCUUUGAAUCAAUACUUGCUUCCAAGAAUGUCCCAAACAUUAUUAAAGGACUAGCAUUAAGGCAACUAGGUUGGUUGUAUCACACAGUACCUCAGGUUGCUUCUCACGGCGAGACUCCGAACAUCAAAGCAAUUGAGUUACUCAAACUAGCCGUUGGGGCUAACCCCUCCUGUGGUCAAGCCUGGUACUUUCUUGGUCGGUGUCACGCUGAUCAGGGACAGUUCAAGGAAGCCUUUGUGGCUUAUAGACAAUCAAUAAAUAAAGUGGAGAAACAGCCAGACACAUGGUGUGCGAUUGGUAUUCUUUAUCAGCAGAUGGGUCAAGCUAGGGAUAGCCUCCAAGCCUACAUUACUGCGAUAUACUUUGAUAUCACGCACACGGCAACAUGGACAGACCUUGGCCUUCUCUAUGAAUCAUGUGGACACUUAGUUGAUAGUCUUCUUUGCUACAAGAACGGUCUGGCUGGUCUUGAUAAAAAAGGAGGAGGAGGAGGUGAAGGAGAAGAAAAGUCAAGAAAAUCCACACACCUGUCUCAGCACGACAGUGUCACGGAGAUGCUUAUGAGUCGUCUCACGUUUGUCGAGCAGCACAUUCAACAGACUGGGGGACUAGCAGUACACAGCUCCAGACCAAGAUCUGUCUUGCCUUCACUGCAAGAAGCUUGGACUACACUUGUCCCUCAGCACUUUAAGCUCCAGUAUCCAAACAAUGAG